GAAAAAUAUUCUGAGAGACAGGAUUGUUUAUUACAAUAAAAACUAGCAGGCAGCUAUCAAUGACGAAUCUGAUAAGGGUGGUAUCUAAUAAACUGUAAAAGAUUAUCCAGUAGCAGCAGUGGCAAAAAUUAUUCCUGCUUCUGUGGUGUAAACAGAAAAUGUGCCAUUUACUUGAUUGUGUGUGAGAGAGAGAAAGAGAGAGAGAAAUAGACCAUAAGGGGGAAACAAGAGAAAAAAAAAAAAAAAGGAAGACAAUAAAUUUAGAGAAAGGCAUAGAUCACAAUGAAGAAGAACACAAGAGACAAAAUGCCGCCGCCUUUUCAAGAGAGAAAAAAAAAAAGAAAAGGAAAAAAAACAACAACAAAUAUGGAGGUGCGGGAUUAAAGCAAAAGAUGCUGUGUCAGCAAGGUCAAGCUGUGUCACGUGCUGUCAGACGGACAUCUGCAGCAUGACAUCUCUCACACUAGGCGCCAGACAUGUAGCAGACGGCAGAGAGUCGCGUGACAAGCGUUCUACCGUCAGAAGACUGAGUGGAAUGGAGACGAACGAUGACGAUCUGAUUUGACCACACUCCCGGAAGAAUAAAAAAAAGCGAGCGAGUGUCCUGGGCUUCUCCUGCCGACGACUCUCAGGCUAAGGGUUAAACACCACCAGUGGAUUCCACUUGCAGACGAGACGGAAUGGCCGGACUGGCGGGCUUUACGUGGGCUUGCUGUGCCACAGCUCCAUUAGACCACGAGUGAGUCUUGUGAGAUGAUGCUGCUGAUCCAUCCGAUUCUUUCGGAGGGUAAAUUAGAGGAAGUGAAGGCGGCCAAAGUCUGGCGGCCGCGCGAGACGGAGUGUCACGCGUGCAGCAGAUGCGCAGACGAAUCUCACUGUCGUCUGCUUCGCGAUUCUAGGGGUAUAGCCCCCGAGAAAGUGUGUAUCCUAUCGAUUAACCCGGCAGUCAUCUGUCAAAGCUAAUUGGCGGCCAGGAAGUGACGACAGAAUGACCCGCAUCAACAGGACACGCUGACCACGACCAGCGAGAGAGAGAGAAUCAGAUGCCGGACAAGCAUGCGCAGUACACAGGACAAUCUACUGCGCACAUCUGAUUCCAUUCGCCUUUGGGACUUCUUUCGGAAACCGUUAAAAGUAGGCGUUAAAUCGAAAUAUCGUUCCUCUGAAAAACGCUGACGCCAUUGCACUGUCAAACGAAUGUGACGCAAUCACCAACACAUGACUCAGGGAUGUGACGUCAAGUCGGACCAAUGAAACGGCACCAGUGACAUUUCAAAAUGUCCAGACUUCUACAUUAAAUUUUAAUGUUGUUUUCUUAAAAAAAGGUUGGCAGCCAACCGGUUGCUUUAGACUUUAAAGACGGUCCAUUGUGUGUAGCUGUUGACUCUGGAAGUGGAAGAAAGGCACAUGUGGAGACCGGAAGGGGAGGAGGAGAGAAGACACACAGUGACGUAUACAACAAAACAAGCGGUCGAUAAGCGUGGUACAGCUACAUGUCACAAGUUUUGUCUGUGCGAGUGAAUCUCUCCACAGACACGAGGACCCCACUGCUCCAUCAAGCACGAAGACAGACUGCCAGAGCUUCCCACACGCUCCAGCGUGCGUUGCGCCGCAGCACUCAGCGUACCGCGCCGCCAGAACGCCGCAACAUCAUCGGGCGGGCCAGGGACAUACGCGCAGGAUACGGCCACAACACUCACCCGGCUUCAUUGUCGAGCGAAUGACAUUAAUAUUUUUUUUAUUUUUAUUGAUUGAGUGAUUGAUUUGUCGCUUGUAUCUCGAACUGUGGGCCGUCUGCUGGCAGUGCGCAAUGGUCUGCGAGAGAAACGGGUAGCGAUCGUCAUCACCCACCCGGCUACGCUGAGGGCAAAGAGUGUGUGCUCAGUUGCUGUGGCAAAGUCCAGACGAAUACCACGAAAUACAAGAACGUCUGUAGAUGCAACCAAAAGUCCAUCAGCUCUCUGUUCCUCACUUGUCCAGCCCUCCAUCAUUUGUGAAAUAAUCAGAUUCAGCGCCGCCUGGCACAUCAUGUCUCAGACAUGUGGUUACAAACGAAAAGAACAAUUCUUGGAAACCACACAAAGAAGUUAUCCGUUAUCGAGCUGAAGGGAGUUCAGUUGCGCCCGAUGACCUUCACAUCUUUCAGGGUCUGCCUCCGGUCACGUGGGCGAGUUUUGUCUGGCAACGGAAACAUUUACCAGGUGAAAUCACUGGACUUCAGUGGUGACUGUCCACUUCUUGUUUUCUCUAAAAGAACCACUUACCUUUACAGAGAUCGCCUGCGCAGAAAAAGACAAUUGCCAGCCCUAACGAAGAUCAGACAAUUGUAAAAAUCCAUCAGAAAGAGUUGCGAGAAUUGCGGUGUCAGCGCCAAGGGUUCUGUCCCCUGCAGGAAGAGUUACCUGGCAUUAGCAUGGCGCGUGGUUAGUAGGCAUGAACGUCGGCGUCAGACGGGAACGAGUCAGCGCUGCCCCACCUGUCACCUAGCUCAGAUCGUCGAUCGGAUUGUUCAUUAUUUGAUAGCUGGAGGGGUGGGAAGGGCCACACCUUUCCUCCUCAUACCCCGCCAGGUGUGCCAUUCUUCGUUUUGUCGUUUUUCAGGCAACGCCUGCCCGAUCCCCACCCCACACCCAGACCCUCCAUAAACCUCCUAUCCCCCUCCCCCAUCCUCUAAACUCACCUUUGGCAUCGGCAUAGUGUCGACUGCUCAUUGAUUGUGAACUGUACUGAUGUUGGUGAGACCGGAUACUCGUGAGCGUUCGAUCCCCGCUGGCUGACCUCCAUUACCAAACACUUUACACCAGCAGAUGCAAAUUAGCGAAAAGAAAACGCACCUGUGUAAAUUUUAAAACAAACAAAUAAAAACACUCACAGGUCUCCCUCCACCACGCACACCACUGCAUUACUAUGCAAAUGACCUUUUCGUGACGUACUCAGUCGUUGAUGAGACCAGGCGUCACUAUUAGCUGGCUCCACCCUGACCUGCUUUUGUUUGCGGCCAUAACCCCAACACACCCACCCUCUUUCCUACCCUGUGCUUGCCAGUGUCCAUUAUAAAUAUCGCCACAACAGGGAGGCGACCUCUAGUGGAGAAUCUCGAGUGACAAAUUCAGGGUUACGAUUUGACCUCUUACGUCACGGCUGGCUGUUCUUCAGCUGCCUCUCAAACAACGGCAAUAAUUCUGGUUGACUGGUAUGGGCAGAUCUCCCACCACCACACACACCACCCCAACCGUGGCUUUAGCGUCUGCCGGACCCUGCUACUGGUCACAUCUUAAUCUUCUCAGUGCCGCCAACAUCCAUACAACAAGAACAAGAAAAACAGAGUCAUCAAGACUUGCUAGAGAGCAAUCCGUUUCUUUCGUCUGGGAGGAAAAAAAAAAACCCUCGUCAAAACUGAAAUAUUUUUUCCCCCAAAACUUCGUCUAAUUUUGUUGAAUUAAAAAAAUUCCCUGCAACAUGAUGUCAGCGUUUGGUCCCUGGCAUGGCAGAUCAACAUCCGGGGUCUUAGUGGCUACCAGCCCGUCACGCCGGUCACAUCACAAUCUCUUCAUUGCUGUCACCAGCCUUACAUCAAGACGAAGACCAUCAGUAGCAAAGACAAACUGGGCAUAGAGUACUUCUUGGUAGAAAAACAAAAACUGAGUAAGAUGGGAAAGAAAGACAGUUCAGCUUUUUCAAAGGAUUAACUUUUUCCUACAACUUCGUGCCAGCAUUUGUUGCGAGCAGACGGCCGUCCUCUGCUGCAGUCCAUGGCCCGGCCACACGACUGGUGUGACAUUAUCAGGGUGUUUGGCCACAGACGCAAUUACCACAUUAACAGUUCGUGAAAACGGAAGUUGCGUUUGCAGCUUGGUGUGGCGGUCGUCUGGUGAGUGUGUAACUCGCUGCCAGUCCUCCCGAGGUGCGGUCUGGAGGUCCAUCCGUAAGCCGAAUGAUCCCCACACCCGCGGAAAACAGACUGACGGCUCUCAAGUGCAUCCUCCCCACUUGUUCUCACGGUGAGGGGUGGAGGUGACGGGUGCAGGGGUCAGGAUCUGAGGAUGUGUGGACUUCGAUGGCGGGAUGACGGUUUGGUGUGAAAGAGCAGGACUGGAGUUGUGAUGCUGGAGGUCUGGCAGUGUGGAAACAAUGCCAAUACCUGCGAGUGAGGGGAGCAGCUGGUCGUGCCCCGCUGCUGUCGUCGACGAGCAAGACAGAUGUGCAGGCCGCACGACACGUCACGUGGCAGCAAAGACCGUCGUCGCGAUGAUGCGUCGCAUGGGCGCGCGCGCGCGCGUGUGAGUGUUGUUCUAUUUUAUCGCAUACACCAUGACCUCAGCAGCUGGCAACAGGUGUGUUGUUAACAACAGGAUCAGGAUUACCACUGUUACAGUCGACACCCUGCUGUUCAUUAGACCUAACGGCGGGGACUGAACACGUGCGACCUGAAGAAUUUUCUGUUGUUUAUGCGUUUGUCGAUGUGAACCUAAAUGUUUUUAACUGCUUUGUGUAGGCAUGUGCGUGAGAGUGGGAGAGUGAAAGAAACAGAAGAAAGAAAAAGACAAAAGUAAUGUUGGUGAGAGAGAAAAAAAUCCCACAUGGAGUCACAAACGAACAAAGAAAGAAAAAUAUCAAAGUUAAAUUGUGUGCGACCAAGAUUUUUAAGACAAGGAACAUGAUUGGAUAAGAGAACAAUUUUGAUUUUAAAUUCAGAAACAGAUUAGGUGCGGUCAGUCACUGUCAUCUUUUUUCUAUUCGCUCAUUUUUAACAAACAUUUCUUGGACGUCUGCACAGUGCGAGGGAAGUCUGCUUAGUGAGUGGUUUCGAGAGUCUGAAAGUUACUUUCAGGGAUUUAAAAAGUGUUUGUGUGCUUCGUCUACUAAACAUCUGUGAGAGAGAAGGAAAGCAACAUCGCAACAGACGAUACUUCCGCUCAAACCGAUUACCAUGUGAACAUAACGGCCAUUAAGGGAACGGUCUUGAGGCUCAGACAGCCAGCCAGGCAGGUGGCCAGCCAGCCAUAGUUCAAGAUGAUGUGGUCUCGAGGGUGCUCGCCUUACAUCAACAAAGGUGACGCCGAGUUCAGCUGCUCUCCUGGAGGAACCACCAUCCCGACUAUCAUCGCCACGACAACGCCAUCGACUGCAGCAACAACUGAGCAUGUCGGUUACGUCGGUCAUGUCGACCUCACUCUGAUGACGUCAUCGAGACAGUUUUUGUCGCCGGACGUUGGUCCGGCCCUCCACCCGCACGGCCAUCAUCACCAUCACCAUCAUGGCGUCACUUCCGGCACGGGGACGGGAACGUCCGGUCUGGAACGGGUGCCCAGCGCCAACCGCUUGCAGCCGCAGAGUUCAACAGAAACCAGCGGUUUGGGAGAGACCGUGACGUCAGGAUUCUCGUCACAGGAGAGCGUGCACAGCGCCGCCAGCUACAACUUCAACCCUUCCGCGUCUUCCACGACCAUCGCUCCAGCCAACCCCAACGAGGAGGACGUAGAGGACGACGACAUCAUCGCUCAUACGACCACAACCAGCAGCCUUUCUGCUGCCAGUACUAGCCGUACAGGUCGGUAUUCGAACCCCAGCCCCCAGGAAGCGAGGCCGACCGACGGUUGGCGUACAGGGAUCGAUCGCCCACACCGUCUCGCGUGGAACGACGGUAACGGACAGGGAGGGGACAACGAGGGAAGGGCAGGAGGAAGAGGCGGAGGUAUUGUUCAGAGAAGACAGGACGCACGCAGGACUGGUCAUUCGUCUUCAGGUGUUGGGGAUUAUGCCGCCAGUCGCUCAGCCGUUGCGCAGUCGGAGGGGAGGGAAAAGGAGGAGAAGGGGAGGAAAAAGCGCGCGCCAGAAGAUCGGCACGCGGCGGGGGACUGUGUAAGGGAAUGUGACGUCGGUGGCGGCGGCGGCUGCGGUGGUGGUUGUGGUGCGAGGGGUGGCGGUGGGAGUGGCGGAAACAGCAGCGGCGGCGGAUGCGGUGGAAAAGGGGAAGUGACUGUAGCAGGGGAGCAGAAGGCCGGUGGCGGCAACUUUGGUGAGCGCAGCCGCCGAUGUGAAAUUGAUCGAACGCUCCCUCGCAGCGGCAGAUUGAGGGAUGGGGCGGGCGGGUCAGAGGAGAAGAGAGGAGGACGAGAACGGACAGGUAGCAGCUGCGGUAACAGUCCACCUGACAGCGGCGCGCCGCCCUUCCCUGCCGCCGAUCGACCGCGCGGCAGAGAGCGCGACGGAGCGGCAGCCCGCGGCGAAGACAGGGACCACAAAGUUUUGGCCAGGCGAAACAGAGACUCCAGUCAAGGAAAGUCGAGUGCCAGAGAAAAAGACGGCGGCACCGCCGGCCGGUCUGAUGGCAGACUGAGAGCGAAGGAGGAGGGCCAAGCUGCUCAAGACGUCCAACGGCAAAGAGAAAGCCGCGGUCGACGUGACAGCGGGAAGAAAAGUGGCGGUGGAACAGUUAGCGAAGACAGUCGCACGCAUGACCGCACUCAACAACAACAGCAACAACAACAACAGCAGCAGCAGCAGCAGCAACGCUCAGCCAGACAGAGCAAAGCUCUGAUCAGACCCAAAACUCGACCAGCAGAGCAGUUCGUCUCGACAACGAGAGACGUCGAGAGCGGAAUCUUGAGAAGCCGAAAUCACGCGACAGCGACGCCAGUUCGGCGCCGAUAGAUGGACAGCAGGCACGCCACGUCGCCAGCAACGGCAAUCGAAUUUUAGAGAAGCAGCCGUCGAGAGACAGCGGACGAGGACGCAGUCCAGAUGUUCAAACACCGGAGGAAGCAGCCGCGCACUCCAACGCCAGACGAGCGAAGUCCGCGUCCGGCAACCAUCGCCACGCUCCGGCACGCAGCCCGCCGCCGGCGUCAAGUGACGUAACCGCUAGAGAGUUCGAUCACCUUGUGACUAGCGCUCGCGGUGAUCGUGCCGCGCGAGGGCCACAACAUUCAGCGGCGGAGGACGGAGGAAGUGGACUUAGUGCGCUGACGGAGCGGAGUUACCGCGACGUCAAGCGCGGUUCUUUCGAUGAAGCGGGAGACGGUUCGUGCGGCGAGCGGUUUCUUUCUGCGGUCAGCAGCAGCCGCCGCGGCGGUGAGGGCGGAAGCGCGGCAGGAGGCGGACGCGAGGCGGCGGACAGAGGACACGUCUCACGUGGGGCGUGCCGUUCUCGCGACGCUCGCGUGCCGCUGCCGCCACCGCCGGCGGCAACAGACGUCAACACUACUCAUCAGGUGAGCGACGGUCACAUCAAAGGGAAUCCACGACGCGACAGCCGCAGUGACAGCGUACGCGUGGUGCAAGCAUCCGCUGAGCCUGUUACAUCAUCGCAGCAACUACACCAGCUGCAGCGGGGCGGCGCAGCCCAUGAAGACCUCCAGCGGCAGCGGAACGCGGGUCGCGAUCGAAAGUCUGUUGACAAAGGCAAGCGCAGUGAAGCGAGCAGGCAGGCAGAUGACAGAGGCAGGAGCGGGGCGGUCGCCGACAGAGGACGUCACGCGAGCGCCGACACCGGGCCGAAACCCAGACAGGAGGGAGCGUCACUGACAGGCUCGUGCUCAAAGCGAGGGUCAGAUCCACCACCUUUGACCUCUGCGAGUGACUCGCCUGGCAGACACACCAGACUUCGCGACGACCGGGCUGCAAAGGUCGAAGGUUAUGCGCCGGGCCGGUCGGCGGGGGCACGUGAGUUAGGGAGCGAGAGGCGAAAUAUUACUGAGGAAAAAAGUCAGCCUACGAGGGUUUCGAACUCUGGCGCUGAGCAUUGCGACCAGAAAGUCAUCCGAGUUGUUGAGAAAGAGUUUACUCCUGACAAAGCAAGCGUCUCGGGUGUCGGCUCAAGACCGAGCAGAACGUACCACGUGAAGUUUUGCGAGGUAAAGUGGCAAGUUCAGAGGUCAUAAGUGACACUUCAGGAGGUCAGGGACGACAUAAACAGAGCGAUUACGUACACGGAUCAAAAACAAAACAAGACAGAGCAAGCAGAGACGAUUUGCCAGAACGAUCGGGUGGGUCUGUGUCUAGAGGUGCAGAGCAGUUGGACACAAGGGCUGCACCCAGACACGACGACAGACCGAGGUCUGAGAGCUCUGUUCAGCCACCUCGGGGUGUUGUUCGUAGAAGUGACGCCGGAAGUCGCAACUUGCGUGGGUCGUCGGAGAGAACAGAUAAUAGCGUCCAGUAGAAGCGGAAUCAAAGAGGUCCAGGCGACACGUUGACACGGGUGGGACGGUAGGAGGUCAGGCGGUGAAGAAGGUCUCCGAGGCGAACAAGUCGUGCACGCGACGCUCGAGCAGAGGUCAGCGAGGGCAUAGCUUUACGUUCAAGGCUGGAUGGGGGAUGCCUGUCUGCGGCUGGAGCCUUACCUGCAAGCAGCAUGGGGGCGGAUGGUAGAAAACCCCCAGCAGACGGAAAACCCCCGACCACCAUAGUGACCGUCACCUCCCCCACCUCCCCUCCAGAUCCAGACGCAGUCUUCCAUGCCCAUCCGAAUGGAAGCCCCAGUCACCAGCGACUUCCAGAGAGAAUCCCGUUAUACCAGCGACGCCUGGGUCACCAGGACAGGAUGUUCGACGACCUCUUCUCGCAGGCUGGUGGCGGGAGACACCGAGCUGGCCAGGGACCUGCAGGUGGCGCCCCCAGCGGCCGACGCAGUCCUUCCCUGGUGGUCACGGGACCCAGUGGCUCACCGGUGCAGGGGUUGCAGGUAGACCAGAUUAACCAGGAGUGGGAGCGCCGUGAGAGCCGUGGCUCGUUGCGUAGCAACCGGAGCCGCUCAUCUCACGGAGGUUCUUUCCACUCCCGCUCCGGGUCCAUCCGUCGCCACGGGAGCCGCUUCCUGGCCAUCAACCCGGAGAGCGCGUGGAGCAGGUGGUCACGUGACCGCCGCGCCUCCUACAGACGUCGCAUCGAACUGCUGGACAAGCCGGAGCAGAAGCUGACCAGAGUGUCGACCCCUAUCCGCAAGGCCCGGCAGGAGGGGCUCAAGUUCGUGCACCCUGAUUUGGAAGGCACCUACCUCUCCGAGGAGGACCUGAACGCCCUCCGGCGGCACAAACAGCAAAAGUACCACGCCAUUCGCGUCAUCGAGAAGAACCGGAAGGGGAAGUUCCGCAUGAAAACGAAAGUGCACCUGACCGCAGAACAGUGGCAGGUACUUGGGGAUUUCUGGGAACAUCCAGCCUUUGUCAGGGGGAGGUACGUGGGCCUCGCUUUCAUGUUGCUCACCUUCCUUCUUAUGAUCAUCAGCAUCACCAACAGCAACUGGGUCACCUAUGAGGCCUUCAAUCUGACUGUGUAUGAGGGGCUGUGGGUAAACUGUACCAAACCUUUGCCUUCGGCCGCCGCUAGUGGAGAAAUGUGCAAGUCUACAAACGGCAGAGACUGGCAGAAUGCAGUCAUCGGUCUGAUGAUCUUCGCCGCCUCCUUCGGCGUCCUGGCGUCGGUGCUGUCCAUCUGCGGCGUCUGCACUACGCCCCUGCCUAGAAAAAUCUACUACUUCCAUUCUGCUGGGGAGAUCUUCCUUAUAUGUGCCCUUAGCACCGGGGUGGCCUUAAUGGUGUUCCCAAUCGCCAUUGAGAUAGACAGAAACAUCAGCAGCCAUAGGUACGGCAUUGGGUACGGACUCGGGUGGGGCGGGGCUUUCUUCUUCCUGGCUGCUGCCGUGUGCAUGAGCCUGGACGACCUGGUGCGCGAGUCGUCCCGCACCAAGUGCUGCCGCUGGUGCUGGAAGUCCAAGCAGAGCGACAGGACUGAACUCCGGCAGGUCUGACCCAGAGCCAUGGGCCGGUCCACGUUUUGCUGCAGGUUUUUGCCAGCUGCGCCCUCGCGGCAUCGGGAGGAAAGCUGCGGAGAGAUUCUGUUGUACGGAGUGGAGUCUGAGCCAUGAACACUGCUCAUCUUCACAAAGCUGCAAGCGCCUGAGUGUGUGUGUGAGUGAGUGCUUGUAACAGAAAUAUAGAAAAAGACGAAUAAAUGGGCAAAUUCGCAUCACCAUAGGAACGGUCUACACCGAUUUUGCAGAGCCGUUUUGUUGAAAGGUUAAAAGUUCAUAAAUUUGUAAGAAAUACUAAAAUACCAGUGCAGUGCUAGUUCUUACUUGCUGAGCUAGGCUAUACUAUGGGGCGGGUACACGAACAUGAAAUAUUAUUGUUUUAAGACUAAAAAAAUAGUCAGAGGCUUCUCUUAUUUCGGGCUUAUGUGGUCAUCGAUGCAUGAUUGUGUUAGCAUAUGAGUAUAUAGGUGUGUUUGUUGGUUCAAAUGGAAAACUGAUAAUAUGAAUACAAAUGUUUGUGUGAGAGAGAGAGAGAGAGAGAAGAGAGAAGGGCGAGGAGGCGAGAGACAGAAAGAGGAACCCUGGUGAUCCAGACACUGCUUGGUACCAUGGCAACUGACGAAGAAUGCUUUGGCCGGUCCAUGUGCUCGCUGCCACUGCUUGACAAUGUGGCUUGUGUGAACACACUGUGAACACAUCAUAUGCCUCUUACAACGCGUUGGUGACUUCACAUCAAGAAGUUUUCUAUCACUGACAGACUCCGGGCUCUGUGGAGUUACAGUUUCCAUCGCAGCCCAAGUAAUUAUUACCAAUAUACCUUAUUUCCUUCUUUCUUUCUCUGCGUUUCAAAGAAAAUAACUUGCCUGGAACGGCUCAACACGAGCUACCCGACACAGGCAACCAGUUCAUUCCCUGGAAUAUUUGAAGAUGUUUUCCAAAGUUUUGUCUAAAUUCUUCUAACUUUCUUGUACAGUCUUGGUCUGUCCAGCCUGUAUUGAGGACCGAUGGUUGUUGGCAUGUAAAUCUGAAAAGUUUAGGUUUAUACAUCAAAAGUUACUUGACCUUUAACAUUGUUAGACGAACUAGUUCAAGAAAUGUUUAUCUAAAUUCUAAACAAACUAAUGCUGCCUUGUGUUUUUGCCUUUGCACGCACUUGUGCACAACCGCAAGUUUCCACAUGCUCCAUGUGUUUCUUCUUUUCAGAUUUUUAUUUCAGUUAAACCUGUGUCUUCGCUUUGGAGCGCUGGGAUCCAUUCUGUUGACGGCCAACUGAAGGCGCCGCCAAAAAUCAAACUUAUAAUAUGGCAGAUCCACUUCCGGUUUUAAUAAUGAAAGGUGUUGUCGUUGCUGUCCUGUUAGCAUCGGCAUUGACUGUCGUCAGCAGUUAGGUGGUGUACUUUUCUUACCAGUGUAUCGAAUUUCAGCUGGCAGGCGACUUUCUUGUUUCUCUUUACAAUGUUUUACUCCUCUGUGAUUUUCAGACAUUUAAUCCGUUGACAGAUUAUGUAAUUUUGCAGAAAUACAGCUCUGAAGAAAAUGUUCUAAGAAAAACAGUUCCUGGUUGCUAAAAGAAGCUGUAUCAACAAACUACAAGAGUGCAACAGUAGAAAAUUCAAGUCUGUACCAAAAUUUGAAUCAUACAAAUAUUUUGACACUUAUUCAUGACUGUUAUAAUUAUGAGUUUGGAUUUUUUUUAAAUCAUUAUGUUAUAGACUUGUGAAAGCAAAGCAGCUGCAGUGUAGGUUAAAUGUGACAUCAAACAAACGGCAGUUAGGGUUUUCUUACAUGGAAUGAUUUGAAGAACCACACAAGACUGUAGAGCAGAAGAAGCUGUCUUGUCCUUUGAAUGUUCACGCACAACUGACUGUGGGUGCGUCUCAGCUUCCAUUGACAAUCGGAAUUCAAGUGGAUUUCUCAUCCUAUACAAGCAUGAAGUCUUGCCAUCACGACGACUGUCAAGUAGAAGAAGGUUCUCCAUUUAAAUCUCCUGCAUUUUCCUUCUCACUGGAACACAAAAUAUUUGUAUCAUCAAGAAAUCCGUCUUGCUGCCGUUUUCACACCGAGAACUUUGCGAAAGCGUGUUCAAUUAUCCCCCUUUCGUAGUCGUGUGCUUACUUCCCUUACAGCAUCUUUUCCCUACUGUUAAUGUAUUGUGUGAUGUUUCCAUUUGAAAUAAGACUUACUCAUAAUAUUGGCAGCCUUUUACCAAAUGAUUAUUCUUCUUUUUAAGUCUUGCACUGAAACAUUACUAUUCACCUUUACCUUCGACAAUUAAAACUUUCAAACUCUAAACAUGUAUGUAGUCCACUCAGGUUGACUGGAUAUGAUAGAAAACAAAUAUUUAUUAGCAAGUGUUUGGAUAUAGUCAGAAAAUAAAAGUUUAGUAGCAGGUGAUGCCGAUCUAUCGAAGUGUAAACUGUAAAAGUUUAUCCCUGCAGUAUCGUCCGAAACAUACAUUUCUUAAGAAUUUUUAGCAUGAUAGUUUAGUAUAAGAUGGCGUUGCCAGGCAACCAAUUACAGCUGUACAAAAGUCUCACCAGCUUCUUUUCAUUGCUUUUGUUCAGUCACUGACAUGAGUUUUCAUCACUGACACUGAAAAAUCUCUCUUUUAUUUGUUUUUGCUCUUUUUUGUUUUUUAAUCGCCAUUUCUGGCUUUGUAAAAACAUGAGUCGUGUCCCUUGCAGCUGUGUACAGUCUGAACAGUGAAGCAUUUUAAGGCCUUUUCUCUUGCUUCCCACUGAGCGCUCCUUAAGGGUCAGCCUGAGCAAAACACAUUUCUCAUGAUCACAGACAGACAUGAAGCACAGAGUUCAAAACCUUCCUGUGGAAAGAGAGAUGACAUGACUAAGAGAAAGAAAGAGAGAGCUGACUGUCAUAUCAUGGAUAAUAGCCAUACAUGUAGAACUUGCACUUUAUGUGAUCCACGAGCUUAGCACAUCUUGUCAAGCAGACAUCAAAAUGUUUGUUCGAAGCAAACCCACCUGUAUUUGUUCUUCCGUCUUCCAGUUGUUAUCGUGGUUUAUUAGUGUUGGGAUAUUUAAACUUUCUUGUAUUUUUAGCCUCAACGUAUAUAUAUAUAUAAAUCAUUUUAGAACGAGAGAUUAAUCAAAGUAGGAAAAUCAAAAGAAGAUUCACACGAAAACCUCACCCUGAAGCGGGAAAUCACACAAACAGCACCAAAAUGCAAAUUACACCCGAGGUACAGAGUGAACAGUGUGCAAAGUCUUGAAAGACAUCAUCCAAGAUUCUCGGUACACGACUGAUGUAAUCAAAUCUAAUCCAAGUUCGCAGAUAAAAACCAUCCAAAAUGUAGCAGAAUAAUCCAUAAUGUAACAGAACUGUCAUCACACAUCAAACAUCGCAGCUGGUAGAAUAUGCAGUACUCAAAGUAAAGCCAUCAUCAUCGUCAUCGUCGUCGUCGUCAACGUUAUCGUCAUUGCUAUCAUUAUCAUUACAACAUUCAAAUAUGAAGAUGUAAGAAAACAAUACACGCAAACUGCUAACAUAUAAAUUAGCAAUAUAGUACAGCAAUAUUCGUUGUACACGGCAAACAAAUCAAACCAAGGACGAAUGAAGUAACAUACGAAUAAUUCUUAUUUUAGUAGAUGCUCUGUUUAUAAAAUUAAAUGUGUAUUAUGUUUUCUUAAGAGGAUGCCAAUAGCUGCAUUCUGUAUUUAGCAAAGACAUUCAACACUUCUGAUGAAAGAACUCUCUAGCAUCGUAGAUACACAGAUAUGUGCAUAUAGAUAACAGACAGAAUAAUAAUGUCUACAAGAAAGGGAACAGUCGGUAGCAGAGAACUUUUUUACUUCCGGUAAUUCUUCUGUCAGAGCUAAACACUUUUCUGUUUGUAUAUAUAUAUAUUCUGCUCCUGCAUAAAUGUUUUAUUAAAGGGAAAGUAUUAUGGCAAUGUUCGGACAAAUGUUGUUCGCAAGCUGUUGUUGUUUCUGUUACUCCACUUUGCCGCAUUAAGGUCGUAUUUCCGGAGACGAAGGCGCAUGCGUGGUGAGGCUAGAAAAUACAGGAGAUAAUGCGAUAGAUGAUACGAACACGAAAGUGCAGUGCCUUGUCCCUUCACCUGCUAUUGUGAUGUACGAUCGUUCAGAUCUUCGUAGUCGCUCUGUGUUUCAUAUUGUGAAGCUUUGUCAAAGCUCGUGUCUAGAAUUCACAUUGGGUUUUCCUUCGGCCCGCAUCUGAAAUCUUCCAGUAAAUACCAUCUCGCGAGAAUGAAGUCCAGAGAAUAAAACAUGUUCAUGUGCGUGAGUGUGGGUAGGUUUGAUGGUACAUUUAAUUUUCUUUUUUAAAUUUAUUAUCUAUCUACCACCACACACACAUAUACAGCAUGUGUGGGUGCUCUGAGAAACUCUACAAAUAACUUACUCCAUGUUUUCGAAUGAAGAUUUCUGAUUUAUCCUAUUUAUUUCUAUAAACACUUGAUUCUGGACCACCAAUAAUUUUAGCAUCUUUGUUACUUUCUAUAUUAAAUAGCAACUUUUUAAAAUCUGGAAAAUGCCUCAAGAAUUACCAGUAUAUGCUAUUAUCAACAUCCUUUUAUGUUUAUUUCAAAAACAAUUGUUUUUAAUUAUUUAUUAUUGAGAGGACGUGGGUAACACAUAUAAUUCAGACUCUAAUAUUUUCACGCUGAUGAAUUCUCUCCCCUCAACCCCCUUAGUCACCUGGAGUUAUCACGCAUGUGUAUCGAUGUAGUUACUCGUCCCCAUGGUCACCUGGAGUUUAUUUACUUCUAUACAUUAACAUUUAUUGCUCAUACAUUUUUACUAUGUGCGCCCGAAUGUUCAUUCACAAAUAUUUAAGCUGCUGCAAAGUUAUGGCAACUCACCGACCAUCUUGCAGGUCCUCCAUGUGAUCCAACUGCGUUCUGUCUGCUUUAGGGACCAGUUAUUUCAUCAUUUCAAAACGGUGUCUACUUUUGUAUUCGCACUUUUUCUGUCCCUUUUACCGGAAACUGGAUUUGGGGCUUUGUUUCUUUACACUUUAAUGCAUUUAAAACACUUUUCAAACAA